AUGUCCGGGAUACAAUAUAACUUCGCCAUAUUACCCCAUGACGACCACAGCGUUCGGCAAUGGGCUCCAAAAUUCAUCGAGUUCCGCCUGGACGCUCUCAAAGCAGCCCCUGCAAGCUUCUCAUCAUCGCAUGAAAAGGAAGCCCGCAUCUCCAAAGCAGAAUGGAUUUCACUGCUCUGCGAGCCCGCCUAUAGGGUGGUGGUCGGCGUUAUUCGAACAGAUGACCACCGUGCUCUCCCCGUAUGGGAGAGUGAGUGGGUAUUGAUUUCAAAUCUCUAUGGACCGCGCUGUCACCACCAACCUUACCAUGACAACGCAACAGACUGUCAAGAAUCGUCCUGGUACCUAGCAGCCUCCUUUGUUUCUCCUCUACACCGGCAAGGUGGCAUUUUACGUGAGGCAUACUUUGCUUGCGAGCGAGCAGCUGUAAGCGAGGAUAAAGAUUUAUUCCAAAAGCGACAACACGCUCAGCCUCUGCGCCUAUCUGGACAUCGAUCAAACCAAUUUAGAACGCGCAUACUGGCCACCAUUCAGUCUAAGGCUCCCGCCUUACUGAACUACUACCGAUCGGGUGGACUUGAAAUUUCACAUACACUCAUAGUGGGGGACCUUGCUCGAUGGGGGUGGGAAAUUGCGCUCAACCCUGAUGGGUUAGACAAGGAGGUCAUUGUGUUAGAGAAGAUUAUUGCAUGGGAGGCUGAGCCAUUGGGCCGGCUGUAA